AUAAAAGCAUUGGGAAAUCGAAAAACUGCAAUAAUUUUUAAUUUCUAUAAACAAACGUUGAAACAUCUGAUAGGAAUAAAUUCCGUGAAAUAUCGAUUUUUCACAUUUUAAUAGAUUAAAUUAUCGCCAAACUAUUUAAUAUUUAGAUCAAUUUUUCUAUAAAAAUGCAUCGAUUUUGCAUUUGAAUUCGAAUUCAAAGAAUUAAAAUUGAAAAAGUUCUGAAAAGACGAUAAUUUCGAAAAUGGGUAAACACCGGCAUGACAAAUCACAGAUUUUGUAAUCUACCGUAGUCUGCCUGCGAUGAAAUUGAAUUAUUUCGAAGACGAAGCUUAUCAAAACAGCUUAAAAUUGUUCUCAACGUGUUUUUAAAAAUUGCUUGAAUUAUUUAAAAUUAAAAUUGAGAACAUUUUCUCAUCGAAAGUUGAGCGAAUUUGAACAUUUAAAAUGUUAAAGCUUUGGCUACCGUAGUCUUGAAGACGCAUACAUUGAAGAUUCGACAUGGUUUCACCACGAUCCGCUCUAGAUGGUAGAAAAUUUAACAAUUUUCUCUUUGCGCAAUAUAUUGCCAUUUUUUAAGCGAUUUUCACUUUCUCUCGUCAAAUGCUCCGCCGCAAAAGUGUAAAUCUCAAAAAAGAGCAGAGUACAGAAACAGUCCUCUCCAAUAGUCAAUCGCCGUCUUUUGUCGAUUUUAAACGGAUAACACGAAGUAAAAAAUAUUCAGCGGCACAGAAAAAUGCACCGGAUGAGAAAAAGCAGUGCACGAAAAAGCGGCAAUUGCCUUCCCUCGCCCCCGCGUGUGAAGAGUUGCAGCCUAAAAAAUCAAAAGUAACUGAAGAAACGGUGGCUUCACAGAAAACUCACGGACUCUCGAAUCUCGACGAUUAUUGCUUGGAAAUGCCGGAUUUCGAGAAACAAAUGCUGUCGAUUUGGCAAUCGAAUAUAGAUAUUACAGAAAUGUACAGGGCACUUUGCAAGUCAGCAUCACUCAUUCCAGCCCCUCAUACUCUAUUCUGUGUGUAUGAAAUUCCAGAAUCUCCAAAUAAAACUCAACAAUUUUGCCCUUCCAGCAUUGAAGACCGGCAACGAGUGCUACUCAACAUAUUUUCCCGUCGUUUUCAGCUCAAAGUGUCCUCUGAAGCUCUUCAUUUGGGAGCGGCUCUACUCGAUAAAUGCCUCGAUAUGAUGUCAGUUAACAAGGCAUCAUUGGAUGAACUGGCAGCGGUCACCUUGGUUAUUGCCAGCAAACUCGAAGACGUAAAUUGUCUGACAAUUGAGAAUAUAAUUGGCGUUGAGUUGAUAGAAAAAUCCGCGGCGCAGAUGGCAGCUCUUGAGAGAUUCGUUCUGACAUCAUUAUCAUUCAAAAUCACAAUUCCGACGCCGCUUCAUUUUUCCACUUAUAUGCUCGUUUAUCUAUCGGCGUCACCGGCGAAAAUUCACCUAACUUAUUACCUCCUGGAAUUAUCGAUUUUGUACGUCCACAACCGCCGUUUUCCAUCCGACGUCGUCGCCAACGCCGCCACGUGCCUGGCUUUUGCCAUUGAUUCUGAACCGUCCGUAGAUCAAACUCCGUCGACAGUUCUCCGCGAAACGGAGCUCAGAUUACGCGAUUUCACUGGAAAAAAUGUGAAAGAUGAGUGGGAUCGGGAACGCGAAGUUAUGCUGACAUUGAUAGAUUUAUUUCUGGUUGCCGGCGAUGAAAAUCACGAUAUUUAUCGCGAAUACUGCACAUCUCGUCGAAACUACGUAGCACUUCGGCAGAGUGUCCCGGAACUUUUGGAGACACUGCGAAAAGACUCUACUUGAAUUAAUUGCCUCCCAUUCCGUAUUUUUAAAAAUUCUAUUGCCCCCACAGUCUUGUAUUAUAAUGAUCUCAAUUUAUUAUUAUUUUUCGGUUUCUCAUAUUUUACCCCUUUAAAAUUGCACGUUCCCCGUCUUCUCUAAUCUAUUUUUUCGAAUGAAUGAUUUCUGGAAUUA